AUGAGCUCCAAACCCUUGACCGACCCGCGUAUCAUGAUGUUGGUCUUGCCCUCCGUGAUCUCCACGGAUAACUCUGGGUCAUAUCCGUCUAGAGCACGCACGCCAAGUACAUUCUCUAACCGUGAUGAUGAAGAAGAGCCGAAAUUCGGUCAACGAAGUCACGAAUCAGGGUCUUCAUGCGGCGUGCACGGCGAAAAAUCAAAUUCAAACGGAGCCAAAGUUCCAUUGAAGAUCCUGAAUUUCCGCGGAAUGAUGAAGCCUUCAUAUUUCGGCACCACGAGGUUGUGGCUGUUUUUGACAGUCCACGGUGUCGAAACGUUUCGGCAGUCCACAAGCCGCUGCCUCCUGAAGGAAUGGCAACGAUUCCCCAACAACCGACGAACUGAAAUUAAGUCAGCUUUGAACUAUCCCUCAUAUCCAAUCAUGCCUAACGGCGUAAUAGGCGUUGCGAAAACCAGAGCCUUCAUAAUGGCAAUGAGGUGUCAGGUGAUGUCCAUAGAUAUUGACUGGGAACGCGCCACCUCUGGCCCAGACGGCGAGCUUCUGGCAGAGCGCAUUCGCUCAUUCAUACAUGACAAAUUUCAGCAAAUAGUUCUGCCCAGAUUCAUUCGCUCAGUGCAAGUUACCUCCUUUAAUUUCGGUACGAUACCUCCAGAGCUUGAAAUCCGCGAUCUCAGCGAUCCGUUCCCAGAUUUCUUCGAGGAUGAUGACGAAAAUUUCUCUGACAGCUCGGAGGAGAGAUCGCCAACGAGGGAGCCGGUUGAUAGAUAUGGGAACAGAGUAGAUUCGUGGCAGGCGAAUUCUCCAGGAGGACCUGGAGGGCAAAUGUACGGUAGGGUUGGAUUUAACCAACCUUUACGGAUGCCUGAAUGGGAAGAACAUACCGGAAUAUCCCCUCUACGGGGGCCCAUGAAUUUUGGAGAUAUAAACCCGUAUCUAUUUCCCAGAUCAGGGACACCGGGCAUACCUGGGGGUACCUCGAAUCUAGGUUACUACAUGCCACUGAGUGGACUUUCAAACUCACAAACACCACUGGGAGCAGUAGCGCGUGGCAACCCGUUUUCGGGCGGAUGGCCAGAUGCUCAUGGAGCAAGACCGUCCCGUCGCAGAUCAGAAGCUGAACCAGACUCUGCGCAAUCUCGACCGUCUACUGCGAAUACUGGGAACACACUGCCAUCGCGCGAUUCAAUGAGUGUCAGUGAUCCACACCAUUGCCAUGCUUCGCAAGGAAUGUCAAAUAAUCAAGGGCAAGUCCUUGAACCCAACAUCCCACCUACUUCUCCUAACCAUCCCCUCGACGAUACCCCACCCCGGCGAAUGCGCGAACAAAAAGCGGAGGAUUUCCAAGUCUUCUGUAGGACGAAAUAUGCAGGCAAUAUCAGUCUUUCAUUAACCGCGGAGAUCCUCCUUGACUACCCGAUGCCCAGUUUCGUUGGACUACCCUUAAAACUUAACAUUACAGGCCUUACAUUUGACGCCGUAGCUGUCAUUGCGUACAUUCGAAGACGAAUACACUUCUGCUUUCUUUCGCCAGACGAUGCUGACACGCUAAUGGGACCAGAAACUGCUGCCGGCAGCGGAGGAGGGGAUACGUUGGAACCAAAUUCUCCACGACGGAAGCAUUCUAGUCUGCUGCGUGAAAUCCGAGUGGAGAGCGAAAUCGGCAGAAAGGAGAAUGGAAAGCAGGCUUUGAAGAAUGUUGGGAAGCUGGAGAAGUUCGUGCUUGAGCAAGUGCGCCGGAUUUUCGAGGAGGAAUUUGUAUACCCCAGCUUCUGGACUUUUCUUAUUUGA